AGACAGCUGCCAGCCAGUAGGUUCAACAAUAUAAUUAAUGUGAAGCCAAGGGAGAAUAAAGCAGCCAUUGAUCAGUGAAAAAGCUGCAUGAGGAGAGGGAAGUUUUUUGGGGAUUGAAGACCAAGCUCUUGUGCUGCUUUUAUGUAACACCCAUUAUAGUGUGUGUGCAAAAGCUCCACCAGGCGCAGAAACUUUUUCUUCUUCUUCGUCUAGAAUGCCGUUGUUGCUCCAUUUAUCAGGAAAUGAACAUAAAUGCUGCAUGGAAUGCUGCAGUACAAUGGAGCAUGGGCACGCUGGAAGUGCACUGUCCAUUGUUCUUAUAAUUCUUAUGGUGGGAGAAACAGACAUUUUCUUCCAAUGCAGUAUCUGUAUGUUCGGAUUUUAAACUUUGACUGAGUGCCAUGAUGUAGACUACUACACUACUCAAGGUAGCUGAAACGUUAAGAUGGACAAACCAAAGAAUGACCACCCAGCAGAUCACAAGGUAAGCGACUCUAGGAAGAACUCUGAACAGCCAAUCACAGCCUGUCUGUUGAGCGCAGCCUUCUUCGGUGCCCUUGGGUCGUCUUUCAUUUACGGCUACAACCUCUCCGUGGUCAAUGCUCCUGCUUUGUUCAUUAAAGCUUUCUACAAUACCACAUGGAUUGAGAGAUAUGGGGAGCCUCUUGCAGCAGAGACAGCCACCCUCCUCUGGUCCGUCACGGUGUCCAUAUUUGCUAUCGGUGGCCUUCUUGGAGCUCUCGCUGUCUCUAUAAUCCUCAAAGUACUGGGAAGAAAGGGAACCUUGCUGCUGAAUAACAGCUUUGCUCUAAUAGCUGCUCUGCUGCUGACUCUGGGUGACAGGGCCAAAUCUUUUGAGAUGCUCAUCAUUGGCCGGCUCAUAAUCGGGGUAAACUCCGGCAUAGCUCUCAGCGCCCUCCCCAUGUACCUUGGAGAAAUUACGCCAAGACAUAUCCGAGGUUCAAUAGGCCAGUUCAACUCCAUCCUGAUCUGCUUGGGAGUGUUCACGGGACAAGUGCUGGGGCUGCCCGAGCUGCUGGGUCAGGAAUCCAGGUGGAGCUACCUGUUUUCCUUCCUGGCGUUGCCGGCAAUACUGCAGCUGUGUGUGCUGCCCUUCCUCCCCGAGAGUCCUCGCUACCUGCUGAUAGAGAGGAGGGAUGAGGCUGGAGCAGAAAGAGCCUUUCAGAGGUUUUUGGGAAAGAAAGAUGUGUCCCAGGAGCUGGAGGAGGUUCACGCGGAGGCUCGGGCUCAGGAGAACCAGCACAUGGCCUCAGUGUUACAGCUGCUGAGGAGCCCAGCUGUUCGCUGGCAGCUCAUCACCAUCAUCAUAACCAUGGCCUGCUAUCAGCUCUGUGGCCUCAAUGCUAUCUGGUACUACACCAAUGGGAUCCUUCGGGAUGCAGGCUUUCCCGAAAACAUUAUCCCCUACAUCACACUGACCACUGGGGCCAUAGAGACUUUGGCUGCCAUCAUCUCGGGCUUGGUGAUUGAACGAAUCGGGAGGAGGCCCCUCCUCAUCUUUGGGUUCUCUGCCAUGGCCGUAUUCUUCAGCCUACUCACAGUGUUCCUCAAUUUCCAGGACAGGCUGUCAUGGAUGCCCUACCUCAGUUACAUCUCUAUACUGGCUGUGAUAGCGUCCUUUUGCUCUGGUCCAGGUGGCAUCCCUUUUGUUCUGACUGGGGAACUGUUUGAACAAUCCUACCGACCUGCCGCCUUCAUGAUUGCUGGCACAGUUAACUGGCUGGCCAACUUUGCUGUGGGUCUCCUGUUUCCAUUUAUUCAAGAGACGUUGCAGUCCUUUGCCUUCCUGGUGUUUGUGGUGGUCUGCGUCUUGGGAGCUAUCUACCUCUUUGUCGUCCUACCUGAGACCAAAAAUAAAACAUUUAUGGACAUCAGUAAAAGCUUUGCCAAGAUCAACAAAAUCCCUGCCCCCUCGCCCAGCAAUGAAAUGGAGCUGGUUCUGUCCACUAAGCCUGACAUGAAUGGAAUAGUCCAAGAUAUUGUUAAAAUGGAGAGUUCCUUCUAGCUGAACAAUCUAUACUAAUGGUGGAGAAGCAGGGUUGAAACAUAAAGUGAAAGUAUUUGUUGUUUGUACAUAUUAUUUAAUGCCUGUGGUCAAUUACAUGAAAACCAAUGAUUUAGGUUCAAUGUAUUGUGGUAUUUUAUAGAUGUUUUGUAUGACUGUACAGCAGUUAUUUGUUUACUGUUUGUUGCUUAUUAUAAUGAAACAAACCAACUAGAUUUUAUGUUCUGUCUACAAGUCAAUAUACAGUAUAAAACAAUCAAAUUGCAGAAACCCUAUAUUGUUGAGGUCUUUCAACAGUUACAAAGGGGAUACUAAUGUCUGAAGGCGACUUGCAUAAAAUAUUGUACAUACUAUUAAACCUUAAACCUGCAUUAACCAUCAGCCAUUUGAGGUGACGAAAACUUGCGGUCAACACAACACUGAACUAUUAUCAUCUCAUGGAGUAUAGAGUAGAGGUAUGGCUAACAUGUUAGCAGACAUUGGCUUAUUUACACAUCCAGCAGAUUUCAUCUCAGCUUCAUAAUGAGAGGGGCAGACGUGUGUCUGAGGAGAGACAUAUUUUGAAGGAUUAUAACGCUAAUGCUGAUGUCUUGGUUAACUUCCCAAUAUAGACAACAAGAGAGAGAGAACCCAGAGAGCAGUGCAGUAAAGCUUAUGUGGACAAUUGUUUUGAAGCUUCUUAAAAUCUGAAAGGAGCCAAGGCUAUUUCUCACCAGAUGGUGGGAGCCAGCCGAGGAUCAGUCAGCGGUGCUCUGAACAGAGGCAGACAUGCAUGCCAUUGGACAGCAGUCACAGUUUGCUCCAUAGUAGGGUGUACUAAAAAUUUCAGAGUCAGGCUAACACCCCACCCUCUCAUUCAGCCAUGCACAGACACAGAUACAAAGAGUGUCAUGAGAUGAUAAAGGGGUGUCCAUGUAUUCAAAUGGCAUUGUUGAAGAGAGGUGGGGAAAUUUCAAUUUCAUGUCCUGAGUUUCAGUUUAAUUCCUGUCCUGAGUUCCACAUAUUGCAUUUGUCCAACUGGACAGCAGGCAGGGAAGUGAGGAGAAUAAUAAUUGGAAGUGUUGUCUCUCAUAACUCUGUUCCAGCAUGUUACUCUCGAGGUGUUAUACUCUCAACAUUAGUUAGUGGGUAAUUGGCAGAAACAUAUGCUGGUGAUUGCUGGUGGGAGAGUAAUUAUGAGAUCAUAGCAGCAAAGACAUACAUACUACAUGUUUAAUUAGAUGCACUGUAGGGUAAUGCUGUGUGUGAUAAAAUACUGUUUGUCCAAACUCUUCGAUAUCCUCUCAGGAUAUGUUAAUCAUCUUCCAUCAUGCAAAGUAAGAAGUGGACGCAGCUAGUCUGGCUAUCACCAGACCAAGCUCAAUAUUUUUAUUAGUCUGGUGAGUCUGUCUGUUACCCACACUAAUCGGCUGAAGGAGAUAGGGUCUUACGUUUCUUCAUUCAGAUCCAUUUGUGAUCCAUUCUGAAUAAACAAACUCGGAAUUAUAGUUGAGAACGUCAGUUAUAACGGCCCACGUAUUAAAAAAUUGUCGUGUUUAAAACGGGCUCGGGCUCAUAAUUACAGUUAAUGUGUCGGGCCGGGCCGUGCUCGGACAAAACGUGCGCAGGCUCGGAUAGGGUCGGGUUUGAUUUUAUGGGCCAGAUCUUAGCUCACCUUCCAGCACACCUUCCAGCCCUUCUGUGUUUACAAAAUAUAAAAAAUCACAACCUGUACCAGAUUUCUUUAAACCAAGGUUGCAAGUGUUCAUUUUAUUUUUAGAAGUGGUUAACAGCCCUCCUUUGAAACACUGAACAGUUACUGGUUCUGUCCCGUAUCUCUGCCGGCCUAAUUCCACCUUUACCCAGUGAGGAUGCCCUUAAUGAGUGCGUCUGAGUAGGCCACUGGAGCUAAAGAAAGAAAUAAAUAUUGUCUUUGUGAUUUCUCAUCUCACACAGCCAUUAUCUGUUUCAUAUCACCCGAGUUUACUCAUUGAUAUUAAACAGUGGAUUAUUGGUCCAAAUCAUAGAAUGUAGGUCCAAAUAUGGUGGCUCAGUCAAUUCAGUGAAAGCUGCUCACAGAGUGCAUACACACACACAACAAAAAAAAACACCUUGCAGUUUUAUGCCUCCUCCAAUCAUCAGUCAAGUUGCAGUUUACGUCAUAAUAUAUGUAGUGUAGACUUUAAAGGAAUUUAAUAAGAUGUAUUAAGAGUAUUUUUUGGUGAAACAUGGAUGCUUCACACACAUCUUCAAUCCAGCAGCACAUAAUAUCUAUACAAUCCCCACAGUUGAAAGGUGGGCACCCAAUAUUAGUGUCACCAAUUCAGUAUCUAACCAAAUGUGAAAUAUGGUUAUAAUUUCCCCUUCUGUUCCUGUAGGGAACCACCGAAGUGGGAGAAGUUACAUAGUGUUGCUUUAAGGUGUUGAACAAUGGCCAGCAAAGCAUUUUUUGCAGAACACAAUGUCACAGUUAAGUAGUUAUUUGACCUUUUGGGUACAACAUUUCAUCGCUUCUUCAUUCUUUCAUAUUUGUGUCAAAUGUUGUCAUAAUUACAACAUGAAUUAUUACGUUAGGGCCACAAAUGUGUUACGUGAGGUUGCAGUGACCUAGCCCUUUGACCCCCAAAUUCAUUGGUUUCACAGUUCAUCCUUGAUUCCAAUAUAUGUUUGUGCCAAAUUUGAAGACAUUGUCUCCAGGUGUUCCUAAGAUAUCAUGUUCACUAGAAUGGGAUGAUGGACUUGAGGUGUACUCUAAUGAUCUCGACCUUUGGCCACCAAACCCAGCCACAGCUGUCACCGCCGCAGAGGCAUAAAAUCAAGAAAAAAAACUAUUUCCUACUUCGGUGGCCAUAACCCAUCAGCAGUAGUGUCUUUUUCUGAUGUGACCUUCAGUUCAGACUACAGCUGUGUUUCCUGGAGACUUGAGGUUAUCAACAGUAUUCUCAUGAUUUGCAGUGAAAGUGCUUUACUCUGCAGGUGUGUCACUUCAGUGUUGAAUGGGCCAUUUUGUGCUUUAUUUUUCCUCAACAUACUCUGCCUCAGCAUGUAAACUUGAAUACAGGUGUCUUUGCUCUCUUCAUUAUGCAGAAGGCUGCCUGUCUGAGUAGGUCCCACAGAAGAGUCAGAAUAUGCAAAGGCUGUUUUGUGCCUUUUCCGAGUCAUCAAAACCAUAAACUUUAUGCUACAUAAACUAAAAGCAUUUCAUCAUGCAGUCUUCAGGAUGCACAUUUAAUGCAAUUCAUACAAACAUCAGCAUGCUUUCUUCAGUAUGUUUACAUGCAAACUAAUGUCACAGCUGUGCCUCCUUUUCAUGUUUUGAAUGGAUACAAUGUAACAUUAAAAGAAAAACUGGCAA